AUGUCGUUUUUAAAACAUUUUAGCGGUAAAGAAGUAAAAUACGGUUAUGCUAUAGGAAGCGUUUCAGAUAAUAAUUCUCGUGUAGUAAAACCACCAAAAUUAUCAAAAAUUCGGUUAACUCCAUCACAAACAAAAUUUAUAUUUUAUGGAACAAGAGGUGAUAUCCUAAAAUGGAUGGAAGAAAAUUCAUUUAUGAUUGUAGAAUAUGAUGAUACUUCUGAAGAUGUAUUCUCACCUCCUUCAUCUCCUCGAACACCAGUUCCUUCACCAACAUCAUCAUCAUUCUCUGGUCAUUCUUCUGAAUUACAUAAAAUAACCUUUGAUCUAUUUGGUCAACAAAUUCAAAAUUCUCCAAUAAUGACAGAUAGUACAGCUUUUUAUCGACCUUUACAUUUCGCAAUGAAUCAUUUACCAUGGUUAGAAGUAAUAUUAGAAAUUCGACCUUCAGAUCCAGUAAAAGAUUUAAAAUAUGAUCCCGUAAAGCGUGUAAUCUUAAAUUCCGGUAUAACCCUUGGCGAAGCUGCAAAAGCAUUAGAGAAAAGUUGGAAAAGUAUUUUACCUGAUAAUUGUCCGAUAAGAAAUAGUUUAUCUUCAACAUCAGAUAGCGAAAAUUGGAGAGGUAUUUUAUCUGAUAUGAGAAAAUCUAAAUCAGAUUCAACUUCAGAUAACGAAGAAUUAACUGAAAUUGAAUUUCAACAAAAAUAUAAAUUUUUAGAGUGGUUGCCAAAAGCUAAUGUUGACGGAAAAAAGUUUCCCAUUGCCGAAAUGCCAUGGAUUAAACAUCGUGAUAAAUCACCCGAAUUAAUACCAGCAGGUAUAUUGCAUCCCUAUAAUAUGGAAGAAGCUUUAAGUCUUAUGGAUCAUACUAAAAAAGAUGAUAAUAGUGCAAAAAUUACGAAAGAACAAGAAGCUGAAAAAGAUAAGGAGAAAUUGGUGGCUGAUUUACCAUUGUAUGAGAGCGUAUCUAGUGAUGUAUUGUUAGAACGAGGUCCAACUAUGAAAAGACCUAUUUUCUAUGAUAACGAUAUGUAA